AUGAAGCAAAAGACACAGAGCUCUUUAUUACGUUUCUUCAGUCCUCCAUCAUUGCAACGAUCUGAAUCAGCAUCAGAAAAGACGAAGACAGUGUCGACUACUUGCGGCAAGAAUGACACUGAUAAUAUUCAGUUCAAGCCCGAGUCAUUCGACACGACGUGCAAGAAAAUCGAGUUUUCACCGAAAAUAAAGCCGAAGUCAAUGCCAAAUGAGAAGGAAAACAAUUGUGACAGUUGUGAAAGGAAGCGUAUGCAAAAGACACGGAGUUGCAGCAAUAUACGCAAGGACUAUGAGGAUUUUCUAGGCACGAGUUCAGAAGAGGAAGAUGAUUCUAUCAAGAUAAGUAUAGAGACAAACAAGACGAUACGACGACAGAAGAUUAUUAUUAAAGAUGAUGAUGAUAGUGAUGAUGAAGAGACGGUGGUGUUACCUCCUUGUCGUUCAAAGCGAAAGAUUAUCAAGCAUCAUGUUGUGAGUAGUGAUGAUGAAUGGAUGGAGCAGCAGAGUCGAGAGGAAGGAGAUGGAGAUGAAUCGGAAUUUAGUGGUGCUGAUGAGGAAUUCCAUGAUGAUGAUAGCAUGGAUAAUCUUGUACGUGACGAGUCAGAUGAAGAGGUUUUACCACCCAAGAAACGAAGAAAGAGUGCUCCUGCAACAAGCACAUUGAAGAAAGUGACGACAAAGUCUUUCUUGUCACCUCCACCUGCGGCCAAAACUAAAUGGCAUGAUGUUCCGACGUCAGACAGCAAGAAAAUUGCUGAUAGCUCGGCUUUGUCGACUUCCGUUGCAGGUGCUGGCAACCAUAUCCAUGAUUCCCUACCUUGGCUGCACGAGGAACGACGUGACAUUCAUGGCAAUGCGCCAGACUCUCCUGACUAUGAUCCACGCACUUUACACGUGCCGCCAGAGUUUUUGAAAAAAGAAACUCCAGCCAUGAUCCAGUGGUGGGAAGUGAAAGCGCAUAAUAUGGAUACAGUACUGUUUUUCAAGGUUGGCAAGUUCUAUGAGUUGUUUCAUAUGGAUGCUGACGUGGGUUUCAAGGAGCUGAACCUUAUCUACAUGAAAGGUGAUAAAGCACACUCGGGCUUCCCAGAGAUCGCAUAUGCAAAAAUGUCGUCGCAGUUAGUUGCAAAGGGCUAUCGCGUAGCUCGAGUUGAACAAACCGAAACACCGGACAUGCUGAAGGUCCGAAACAGCACCUCUGCAAAGAAAGCAAAGGUUGUCCGCCGUGAGGUGUGCUCGCUACUGUCCAUGGGUACCAAUACCGUCAGCUAUCUAGACGCCCCUAUUUCAUCUCAAGACCAAAUAUCGACGUACCUCCUCGCGCUCAAAGAAUCUUUUGAUCCUGCGCGGAAAACUGUGCGCUUUGGUGUUUGCAUGGUGGAUUGCUAUACUGGUGCCUUUCAGCUAUCGGAGUUUGACGAUACGGAGCAGCGCGACCGUCUCAAGACCCUUUUUGCUCAAUUCCAUAUCGUGGAAAUCGUGACCGAGCGAUCUAAUAUCUUAGAUGAUACGAAGAUGGUCCUUAAGCACGCCGCACCUGCUGCAAUCCGAUCACCAUUGCGAGCGAGAAAGGAGUUUUGGGAUGCAUCUAAAACAAUCGACGAGAUCGAGCGCGCAGGAUACUUUAAGGAACAUGGGUGGCCAGAAGAUGUUCUAUACUUCCUUGAAAUGGACAAAGUUGUAAAGCCCGAGGGUCAACUUGCCAUCAGUGCUCUGGGCGGCUGCAUCUGGCAUCUUCGACGAAGUAUCAUUGACCAAGAGCUGCUGUCGCUCUGCAAUUUUAAGAGGUAUAUGCCUUCAGACGAGGAAGCACGAGAUGCAUGCACAGGUAACUCAGCUAUGGCCGCUGCUAAGGCCGAGUUGAACCAGCAAUAUGUCGUAUUGGAUUCGCAGACCAUCCAGAAUUUGGAGGUGCUUUCCAAUAGCUUUGACGGCUCGCGCGCGGGAUCACUUAUUCACAUCAUGGACAAGACUGUGACAAGCUUUGGUCGUCGCAUGUUCCAGGAAUGGGUACUGAAGCCUUUGUGUAAGAUACGCGAUAUUCAAGAGCGACUUGAUGCUGUUGAAGAACUGGCUAACCGUAACGACUUAAUGAUGGAGAUCCGCGAAUUUCUUCGCCAAUUGCCCGAUCUGGAACGUUUGUUGUCUCGAAUUCACGCACUUGGGUCUGUGCAUCGCUCGGAGGAACACCCGGACAGUCGUGCGAUCAUGUACGAGUCACAACAAUACAACGUUCGCAAAAUUAAAGACUUCUUGUCCGUGCUAAACGGAUUCGACGCGGCUAUGAAUCUUACCGUUGAGUUGGGGCCACGACUUUUGCAAUCGUCCUCGCCUAUUCUCCAGACGCUCUUGAAAAGGUGUCCUAUUGAUGAUGAUGAUGCCCACUCAAGUACACAACGUGGACACUUUCCCGACCUCACAAAGAAGCUCGAGUUUUUCAAGCGCAGCUUUGACCAAUCUGCAGCAAAAAAGAGCGGUGUAAUUGUGCCUCAAUCUGGUGUCGACUUGGAGUUCGAUUCAGCUUGUGUUGAGAUUGCUCAGGUUGAAGCUGAAUUAGCAGAGUAUUUAAACAAGCAGCGUACUGCACUCCGGUGUCGAGAGAUUUCCUACUGGGGCAAGAAAAAAGAGGAUCGCUACCAAUUAGAGGUUCCUGAGAGUGCACUUUCAAAGCAGCCGAAAGAAUACGAGCUCAAGUCUCGCAAAAAAAGGAUUCAAGCGCUUCCACACGCCAACGAUUCGCAACCUGCUCAAACGUCUGGCGACAGCGGAAAGCCAGAAGGAGGAGGCACUAAAGGAUCAGACACGUCGCAUAUUUUACAAGUUUGA